GUCAAAUGCAAAGCCAAUGAUCUAAAGCAACAGCAUUUUCAUGACAACGAUGUAUACUUCAUCAUUUUUUCGUGUUUCCCUCCUGUUCCUCCAUGUCCAUGGCGGGGCUACUUGGAAAGUUCCCCACCAAGCAUUUGAUAACAUCCAGUUACCUCAUGGUCACCAAGUGCCAUUGAGCACAGAUAGUGACGAUGAUCUGAACAUCUAUGGUGCUACAUCGUUUGCCGGGCUGAGAACCUUUGCCAACUUGCCCUUCGUAGAUUGCUUCUCUGACGAGAAUGCGGAGGGCCAUAAGUAUGACAUUGCGGUCUUUGGUGCGUCACACGACACGACUACCACUGGCCGGCCAGGAGCUCGCUUUGGCCCGCCUGCCAUUCGGAGCGGCAGUCAAAGAAAGUCGCCGGGAGAAUGGAGCGUGUACACGGGAAGAAACCCUCUGCAAGACUGGGCGACAGUUGUAGACUGCGGCGAUGCCCGCCUGACUUGGCUGGACAACACGGCUUCUCUUAAGCUUCUAGACAAGGCCCACACCGUUAUUUCUGGCAGACCAGCAGCGAACUCGUCGGUGUCAACCACGCCUAGAAUACUCACGCUUGGAGGAGACCACACAACGACUCUGUCUGCUUUGCGGUCGACCUACCAGAGAUGGGGUCCCGUCUCAGUCAUCCACUUUGACAGUCACAUCGACACAUGGGAUCCAUUAGUCUUGGGUGGCGGGAUCUCCGAGUACGCAGGUCUUAACCAUGGGACAUUCCUUCAUAUUGCCCACGAAGAGCACCUAAUCUUGAAUACCUCGAUCCAUGCAGGCAUCCGAGCCCCAUUGAUCCGAAGAAAGGGUGACCUGCGCAACGACGUCCGAUGUGGUUUCGAGAUUGUCACCGCACGCGACUUGGAUAAGCUUGGAGCCAAAGGAGUCAUCUCAAAGCUUAAGGAGCGAGUCGGCGACUCUCGAGUAUACAUCAGCGUUGAUAUUGACGUGCUUGAUCCGGCUUUUGCGCCUGCAACUGGCACUGCUGAGCCCGGUGGCUGGUCUACGAGGGAGCUUCUUACCAUACUCGAUGGCCUUGAGAGUCUCUCCAUUGUGGGUGCUGACGUAGUUGAGGUCGCGCCUGCGUACGAUAAUAACGGGGAAACCACUGUUCUCGCCGCGGCCGAGAUUGCUUAUUCGUUGAUCGAUCUCAUGGUUCUCAAGCCUGUCCAGUAAAUGUUAGAUGCUGGUAGAACCAUCUUUGGUGAAAUGAGACGGGGCAUUGGGUUUGGUUGAAAAAUCCUGAUCUGAUUCUGGAGACCCGUCAGGGAAGGUACGAUGGGGAGGAAACCAAAAGGGGA